AUGUAUGAUAGAACAUAUUCAGGAAGACGUGGGCUUAAACCAUAUUUUAAAGAAGGAGUUGUUGCGUUUCUUACAUAUGUGUUUGCUCAAGAAUGUUGUCGAAGCGAAGGAAAGGUAAGAUGUCCGUUUUUAAAGUGUGGUUGCAGAAAUAUAAUUAGUGACCCAAAUGAAGUGAAACGCCACUUUGAGAAGGAUGGUUUUAGGCCAAAUUAUUGCGUGUAG